AUGGCUUCUUUUCAUAUUCGUUCAAUCAGUCUGCCGUCUAGAUCUCAUCCAAUAACUGUAAGUUUAGAGGAGCAGAUUUACAAGCUAAACACAUCGCAUUCAUCCUUAUCAUUAGGCCAAAAGUUGAGUGGCCUAAAAGAGUUGUAUGAGUGUGUUGAUGAUUUUCUUCGACUAUCACUCACCCAACAAUCUCUUUCCCAUGAGAACUCUGUAGAAGUGGUACUGAAUGGAUCUUUAAGUUUGUUGGAUAUGUGCAGCAACACCAGAGAUUUUUUCUCACAGAUGAGGGAAUGUCUCCGGGAACUUGAAUUAUCUCUCCGAAGAAGUAGAAACGGAGUUGAGGCAUACAUGGCAUCAAGGAAAACAUUGAAUAAGUUGAUCUCCAAAUAUCUCAGAAAUUUGAAGAAACGAGACAAGAACAGCAAAAACAACUCAGAUUUGACAGAUAUUGUAGUCUUGCUCAAAGGUGUUGAGGAAGUUAGCGCGUCAAUGUUUGAAUCCAUCUUAUCUUUCAUUUCUCUACCAAAGUCAAAAUCAAAGCUCUCCAUUUUCUCAAAAUUUAUGCAAUCAAAGAGUGCAUCAUGCGAAAAGGAUGCUGAAACCAAUGAAAUGGAGAAGAUUGAUGCUGAAUUACUUAUCGUCAAGUCCAGCAAUCAAACGACAAAUAUAUUGAAAGAAUUGGAGACAUUGGAGAUGAGCCUUAAAGAAGCAGAGGAGGAGUUAGACAUAGAUCUUACACCAAAUUCUUACUCUAGAAUUUCAAGUGAAGAGAUUCAUUCAUUACAUUUUCAGAAACAGCUUGCUCUGGAUAUCUUUCUCUCCAAGCAAUCUAAUUUUUCAAAGUCCCAUUAA